AAACGCCCAAUUGACGAUGCUGACUUACACAACCAAAGGAAACGCCGUCGUUCUCAGAGUUGUGAGCUGACGUCAGACGACACCAAUGACGUCAGAAAUACCACGUCAAUAUCAACCAUCAUCAAAGCUGUCGAACGCCUGUCCACGGAGCCCAGACUCGUUGCUGACGGGUCACGUGAAAACGUACUGACCACCACUGUUGGAAAACACAAUGAUUUGAAUGCUAUAACACCACAAACGAUGUCAGAUGUACUCAACGGCGUAUACAGAAACCAGAUUGAUCACCUGACUAUCGUAGACUGCAGAUACCCGUAUGAGUACGAUGGUGGACAUAUCAAGGGGGCCAUCAACUUGUAUAAUAAGCAAGCCAUCAAGGAGUUUCUUGACAACACCGUGACGUCACCAAACAAGAAUCACGUGAUCAUCUUCCACUGCGAGUUCUCCACAGAACGAGGUCCUAAACUGUACCGCCUUCUUAGAUCACUAGAUCGAGAACUCAAUGCGGAAUUGUACCCGAGAUUGAACUUCCCGGAAAUGUACCUACUCGAGGGCGGAUACAAAGAAUUCUUCCAAACGCAUAAGGAACACUGUUUUCCUCAGAGUUACAUGCCCAUGCUUCACAAGAAACAUUCCGAGGAUCUACGUCACUUCCGGGUUAAGUCCAAAUCCUGGGCGGCGGGGGACAAGCCACGUCAGAAGUCACGUGUAAAUGGGAGUGGCACGAGACUUUGCUUCUAAGCGUCCAUUAUGAUUCAUGGUGUAAAAGUUUUGUUAAGAUAUUAGUAUGGAAUAUAUGCUAUGCGUCUGUGAUAUUGUUUAUACUGUUAACGUUGUAUUGUUAAUGUUUUAAACUUAUGUGAACAUAUCCACAUUUAUCGUAAAAGAACUGUGCAUAAUGGUGGUAUGAUAGUUUAAAUUAUUUUGCUCUAUUAUAAAUGUAUUUAUUUUAUUUCAAUACUUUAUGUGUGCAAUAAA